GGAAACUGGCUGCCAAGCCCUCUGAAUAUGCUGUUUUCAUUGAUAUCAUAUAUGCGUCUGUGUAAAUAGGCAGAAUGACCGCCUCCAACAAAAAGUCAGUGGUAAACUCCUUGGCCAAAAUAUUUGACCCGAAUGCUUUACAAAACCAGCGACCUUCUGGUGAAGAGGAAGACUCACCUGCUCCCCAAAUUUCAAGCAAGGAUGUCAGCCCCCCUGAACAAAUGAGUGGGCUGGAUAUUGCUUCCUUGGAUCAGAAAAUAAGCAGGUUGUUGACUGGGCAAGACAAUGUCCUUCAGAAGUUGGAUUACUUUUCGCAGGAAAUCUGCUGUAUGGAAAAGAACAUGGCGCUCUUAAAGGAAAAAGGAAGGGACUCUGCACUCCGACCGUCCGCCAUAACACCUGAGAAGCCGAAUGGUUCUGAUGUCACAACUUUAUGCCUAGAAAUUGACAAGAAGCUUGCCGACAUGAACAGGAGUGCAGAACAACAAGCCAAAAGGUUAGAUGGGCUUGAGCAAUUGGUCCUGGGAGUCCAGCAACUCCUUGGCUGUUUGGUAGAAAAACUGAAGACUUCUACCAUCACAGACCUCAUCCGCAGAAAUGAAGUUCCUCAUAAGCUCCUUAGAGUCGGUGGCUACCUGCGGAAAGAUAGAUCGGGAAACCUUUUCAGGAUGCAGGCGUUCUCGGAGAAAAAGGAUGCGCUGUUCAGCAAAUGGAAUGAAAAGGAAAGAUCAUAUCUAGCCGGAAAGGGAACAAAAUUGAUAAAGAAGAAGAAACCACCAGAUUCCUCAGAGGAAUCUGAUGGGAGCCCAGAAUCGUUUUCCCACACAGAAAAGGUCCAUAAACUCAACAAGGAGAAUACUGAGAAGGCAAGUGCUCUUUUUGUUCAGAGAAGUUCCCUUAAACCUCUUACUCAUGAGUCAAAGGAGAAGGCAGAGGACAGCCAUAGCAAAAAUUGGAAAGGCUCGCUCCCGAAGACAACAGGGAAAAAACUGGCAGAAGUGAAGGCCGUUUGUAAAAAACCGAGUAGCGACGAUACAAAGAGUGAUGCUUUAGGAGUUGUAAAAAAGCAUCAGAGGUCUGAAGAAAGCCCAGAGAAAGCAGGAAAAGAUGUUGAAGGAACAGAUACUAGCAGAGAUGAAGAAACAGAAGUACCAGAAACUACAUCCCCAGGUGAAGAUACAGCAGAAGAUCUCAGCAGUCCAUCAAUAAGCCAGAAUCAAGAUGUCAGGCAUAAGGUCAGUGAAAAGGCCUCAUUCCCUCCAAAAGAUGAGCUGAAUGGCAGCAGUAAGCGCCGUGUGAAUGACUUUGGUCUUACCAAAGAGGAAAGCAAAAAGAGCAGGGUAGAUGCAGCGAAUGCUAAGGAUGGACAGAAACCCAAAGGAGCGACGAAGCCAAAAGAGGCACAGCCUGCCUUGCCUGGGAAAACAAAUGGAUCUGAUUCCACACCCAAGAAGACUGAGAAUAAGCAAGAAGCUUCAAUAGGAGACAGUAUUACAAUUGAGUAUAUCUCACCACCGGCGGCUCCCUUUGAUCAUCGGAUCGUCUCAGCUAAAAGAGCAGGGAUCAAUAGCUAUUAUCAUGUCCACAAGGGCGAAGUUUUGGGAGGUGGACGAUUUGGCCAGGUGCAUAGAUGUGAAGAAAAAUCAACGGGUCUCAAAUUAGCCGCCAAAAUUAUAAAAGCAAGAGCUGCCAAGGAAAAGGACGAAGUAAAGAAUGAGAUCAAUGUGAUGAACCAGUUGAACCACGUGAACCUCAUUCAGCUGUAUGAUGCUUUUGAAUCAAAGAACGACAUUGUUCUCGUCAUGGAAUAUGUGGAGGGAGGAGAACUGUUUGAUCGAAUUAUUGACGAGAACUGCAACUUGUCAGAGAUAGAUACCAUCUUGUUCAUAAAGCAGAUCUGUGAAGGGGUUCAGUACAUGCACCAGAUGUAUAUCCUCCAUUUAGACUUGAAGCCUGAGAAUAUCCUGUGUGUGAAUAGAGAGACAAAUCAAAUCAAGAUUAUUGACUUUGGGCUGGCAAGGAGAUAUAAACCAAGGGAGAAGCUUAAGGUCAACUUUGGCACUCCAGAAUUCCUCGCUCCCGAAGUUGUAAACUAUGACUUUGUAUCGUUUCCUACUGACAUGUGGAGUAUAGGUGUCAUUGCCUAUAUGUUGCUUAGCGGAUUGUCUCCUUUCCUGGGUGAUGAUGAUAAUGAGACUCUGAACAACAUCCUGGCUUGUCGGUGGAACUUUGAAGAUCAGGAAUUUGAAAAAGUGUCAGAGGAAGCUAAAGACUUCAUCACUAAGCUUCUCAUUAAGGAAAAGGGCUGGAGGUUAAGUGCAACUGCAGCCUUAAAGCAUCCUUGGCUAUUUGACCAAACACUCCAUUGCAGAUUGCAAUCUAAGAGAAAACCUAAGGCUUCCGCUGGAUCUCAGGCACCUGUGACUCCAUAAGCUCUAUGAGAAAUGGAAG